CCUGCGCGAGACUGCGGGGGGCGGGACGUCACAGGCGCUCGGCCGGCAGAAUGGCGGGCCGGGGUAAACUGAUCGCGGUGAUCGGGGACGAGGACACGGUGACGGGCUUCCUGCUGGGCGGCAUAGGCGAGCUUAACAAGAACCGCCACCCCAACUUCCUGGUGGUGGAGAAGGAUACCACCAUCAAUGAGAUCGAAGACACCUUCAGGCAGUUUCUCAACAGGGACGACAUUGGCAUCAUUCUCAUCAACCAGUACAUCGCAGAGAUGGUUCGCCAUGCGCUCGACGCCCACCAGCGCUCCAUCCCAGCUGUCCUGGAGAUCCCGUCCAAGGAACAUCCCUAUGACGCAGCCAAGGACUCCAUCCUGCGCAGGGCCAAGGGCAUGUUCACUGCGGAAGACCUGCGCUAGGGCGCGGCAGCCCUCGGCCCUCUCUCACCACUAGGCCCCUCCCAGUUUGCACCCGCUAUUUAAGUUUCAAGCCUCGGCAUCCAGCCCCUCCCUUCCUCUCCACUGAGUGGCUCCUAAGCUGUUGGGGUUCUGGGUUCAGGUCCAGGCAGGGUAGGGAAAGAAAGCCCAACCUCUUCUCCCUCCACUGCCUCCCCCUGUGCUGUUCCGCAGGGUCGUUGUUGAUAUUAAAGGGGUAUUCUCAUCA